AUGGGAUUUACAUUGUAUAGUCUUAUUGAAGCUGCUCUUCUUUGCGUUAAUGCUAUAGCUAUUCUUAAUGAACAACGAUUUCUUUCAAGAUUAAGUGGUGGUGGUGGCGGUGGAAAUCGUCAAGGUUAUCCUGGCGUAGGAGGCUAUGUUGAUGAUUAUCAAAAUGUCGGUGGAACAAAACAACAGUUAUUGAAUCUAAUUCGAUCUGUUCGAACUGUCAUGAGAGUUCCGUUGAUUGCUUUUAAUAUUGUAACGAUUAUAUUUCUUAUUUUAUUUGGUUAA